AAACAAGUAAACUCUUGAUGACGUUUACUUUUGAAAUUGAAAACAGAAUAGAAGCAUGUCUGCUGCCUGGGACGAAGUGAAACGUUUAGCAGCUGAUUUUCAGCGUGCUCAAUUAAGUUCCACUGUACAGCGCUUAUCUGAAAGAAAUUGCAUUGAAAUAGUAAAAAAGUUAAUUGAAUCUAAGUUAAUUGAUGUGAUUUUCACAACUGAUGGUAAAGAAUAUCUGACACCUGCAAGACUUUUGAAGGAAAUCAGAGAUGAACUUUAUGUUCAUGGAGGGCGCAUCAAUUUAGUGGAUCUUGCUCAGAUAAUUGGAGUCGAUUUCAAUCAUGUGGAAACCAAAGCAAGUGAAUUUCUUAAUAGUGAACCUAAUACAUGCAUGGUAUUGGGACAGCUCAUCACAACCGACUAUUUGGACCAUCUUGCUGAAGAAGUUAAUGAAAAGCUCCAUCAGUCUGGGGAAAUCAGUGUGGCUGAAAUCACUAAGCAGUAUGAUUUACCAGGAGAUUUUCUGGAGCAGGUUUUGCAUGAAAGAUUAGGAACAAUUAUCCAAGGGCAGGUGGAUAGUAGUGACUCUAGAACUUUGUUCACAGACUCGUAUGUUGCUCAACAUACAGCUAAAAUUAGAGGUGCCUUAUCAGCCUUAACAAGACCUGUACCUCUCUCAAAUAUAAUCAGUCACUUCAAGUUUCCAGAGAAACUGUUCUACCGUGUAGCUGAAGAUUUAAUAAAGGAAGGAAGGCUUGCUGGCAGCAUAUCAGGAGGCAGAUCUGAACGAGCUAUCUUCAUACCUGAUAUUUAUGCUGUAUCCCAAAGUGAAUGGAUCAACUCAUUCUAUAAACAAAAUGGCUAUUUAGAGUAUGAUGCUGUUGCUAGGCUUGGCAUCCUGGAUCCAAAAACAUACCUUAAGAAGAUGUUUAAAAAUGAAGGGCUGACUUAUCUAACUACUUGUUGUGUUGGUAAAAGCAUAAUCAGUCAAAUUGAGGCUGCUCUUGAUGAAGCUCUCAACUCUGGAACUUGGGUUGAUAUAUUGCCCAUCUUACCUUCUGUAUUUACCUCUGAAGAUUGUCAUGGCCUCAUUGGGGCUGUUACAAAGAAUAUUGCUAAACAAGGAUCUGUUGUACAUGUGUAUGGUGAUGGUAUACUUGUUAGUGAUCCACUUAUACAGACUUGUGAAAAAAGUUUUGAUGCUCUCAUGGAAACCAAAGCUAAAGAAGAUAUUGCAAAAAGACCUCAUUUAUUUAAUGUUCAACAAUCCUCAAAAACUCCUUCUAAGAAAGAAACAUCCAAGAGCAAACAAGAUCGGAAAGAAGAUAAAAAGAAAAAAUCAACAUCUGUUGGCAAAUCAGGUGGUGGAACACAGGGACGUGAGACCAAGACGAAAAAUGUUAAGAAGAAAUACUUUACUGCCCAUGAAGCAGAUGAUAUGGACUACGAGGAAGAAGUUUCUGUAAAGACUGCAAGUUUGGAAUUAGAUUUUAUAAGUACAGAUGAGAUGCAAGAUCAUUUAAGAAAAAUUGAGUGUCUCAAAGAAGCUCCUGAUGAAUUGGUGUCUAUUCUUAUUGAUGAACUUCAUAAACCUCUGACUAAAAAGUAUCGUGAAGUGGCAAAGAAUCUGUAUGAUGCUACCAUUGCAUCAACUGGCUCUUCUCGUCGCAAGCAGCAUUCAGAUUAUCAAGAAAAAUUCUCCACAUUGCUUGGACAUAUUGUCAUGUUUGAGAAAGCUAUCAAGUUAUUUUCUGAUGACGUUUCUUCUCAGUUGUGCAAACAUUUACAAAAAACUCUGUGCUCUGAUCUUACAAAUGCUGUUGUCUUAUAUCUUGCCCAUGAACAUGGAAUACAAGGCUGUCCAGAUUCUGAAGCAUCGUUAGCACUAGAGCAAAGGCAGAAAAUUAUAAAUAAAUUUCCUGAAGAAAUUCAAAAACCACUUUCAAAACUACAUAGUUCUCUGAAUGCAAAGUCUUUGGAAGAUUUCCAUUCAUCCAUCGAUGUUGCAUUAGGAGUUGGAAUCUGUGAUAUGAUAAUUAGAAGACCUGAUAAGAAAAAAGAGCGGCUAAUUUUGGCAAAUCACCGUCAGUCACUUCUGUCCCAAUUAAAUGAGGCUGAGGAUCCAGCUCUGUGCCUGCACUUAGCUGCCCUUCUCAUCUUCCAGUCACAUACGCACACAAUGUUGCAUGCCUCUGGCAAAUUUGUACCGCAUAUUAUUGGAUUUUUACAAAGACAGUUGCCUAAUGACCUGUACCAACUUCUUGCUACUUAUCAAGAAUCCGUUAUAAAAAAGCUGACACCAAAUGAAAAUGAGGAAGAGAAACGAGCAAAUGAGACUGUCUUGAUGGAGACAAUGCCAAAGAUUAAAGAAGCUGCAAUCACUUACAAGAAAGGAUCUAUAUCGGAAUCGGAGAACUAAUUAUUCUAUUAAUGGAUUUUUUAUUACACUGUAAAGAAAUAAAGAGAUUUAUCUUAAUUGUAUUCCAAAUACAUUUCAAGAAUUUUAUUACUUAGACUGGAUCCAAUCUUGUGUCAAAAUCCAUUUGACUGAGCUCCAAAUGUAAUGUUUUUUACUGAUUUAUAAUAUUAAAAAAAUAUUUGAAGUCUGUGAA